AUGGAGGCAUUCUACGACUACCGCUUCAAGCGCCACAGGAAGACUUCAGGCAAGAUUGCCUCGGUGUCAGCAGCUCAUUUGCAAGGCCUUGAGGCGAACCUGGCACACUACGAGCGCGCAGUGGCUGCUAAGCUCCAACGAAAAGAACAUACUGUAUUUUCUUUACUUUUGUGUUCGGCGUUCUAA